AUGGAGAUGGUGCAGGUGGAGUUUGAGUAUGAUUACACAGCCAAGGACGGGGCUCUGGUCUCCAUCAAGCCCAACGAGAGGUAAUUGAAUUGAAAAUAUUUAUUGUCCAGAAUAUAUUUCACAAAAUGAAAAUGAGUCUUUAGCUCAUAGUUAAAAAAGUAAAAUUACAAAGGAACAGAUCAAACAACAUGAUAUAGAUGAUAGAACUUAACAAUACAUGAACAGUACACGCGUCAUUGCUCAGCCCAAACACAGUGUUCACAUUACCUCUCUGGACCUCUAAUGUUCACAGGUACAUGCUGGUCUCCAGGACCAACGACUACUGGUGGCACGUCCGGAAGGACCAGGGGACCAAACCCUUCUAUAUCCCUGCCAAGUAUGUGAGGGAGCUCUCUGUAGAGACCCAGGGACCACUGGACCUCACCAGUUCUGGGACUCAGAGUUGCACAUCCUUGCAGGCAACGACUGACAGAGAGCCACCGAACAUGUCUAACAAAGGUCAAAGGUCAGGCGCUGUGACGAAGGUCCGCGCGUCCACGGAUCACUCUGCGAGAGCCACCACUCACAGGAUGUCCACGUUCGGGGUCUCACAAGACAUUGAUGAUAUCAAGCAGUAUGAGCGCAUGAAGACAAUGGUGGGACUGCAGACCUCCAAUAACGAGACUACAGAUUUCCCGCCACGUGAUCUGAAGAGGCGAAGUUUAGCUCCAGGUUUCUCAUUCACCUCAGCCUCAGACGCUCCAGGUCUUGGAGAUAUGCUGCAGCACCGUUCUCUAAAACUCCUUGUCCCACCCGAGCCCACAAGUGGACUUCCCCAGUUGCAGUCAGGCCCUCCUUCGCUUAUCAAGGAUCCAGUUGAACAGCAGAACUCAGACGGCCGGAUGAUGAAAACACUGCCAGAGGAUCCUAGUGGGCAAUCUCAUUUAUCUCAUGACUCAGAUAUAUAUGAGACUAUGUCAGAUACCCAGCACUCAGAGUUGACAGACUUAGUGGGAACAGAACUGGCUGGAUCUUUGGGUUCAACUGAAACACCAGCAGAACAACAGCAGAGCCUGGAUCAAACUUCUGGUCUGAUUGAUGUUACAGCCCCUCCUCCUACAGCUCAG